AUGGCACCAAAGAGGAUUAUCAGGACCACUUUGGAUCCAAACGCAUGGGAGGGCUUGUGUCCGGCCCUUCCAGCGUUUAAACGGCCCUUGUAUGUCGCAACUCCAUGCAUUGGCAUCGAUGGGUGCGGCACUGCCUUGGACGCGCUUGGCGUCAGGUAUCAGGCAAACAAUGUCUAUGACUUAGAGCACCGGUACCAGGCCUACCUCACACAGCACCUAGGUGGAAAUGUGCAGUUGCACCUGGGCAAGAAGGAUGGCGACCUUUGUCAGCUUCAACUCUCUGAUGUCGAGAGGCCUGUCGACUUGCUUGUGAGUGGACCACCAUGUCCACCCUGGGCAGGCCAAGGAAAUCACAAGGGCCAGCAUGACCACCGAGCUGAUGUGUUCAUCGUUGUGAUGAAGGUUUGCAUUGCCUUAAUCAAGGUCGGGGAUUUGCAUGCCUGCUGCAUAGAGAACGUCAAAGGAAUCUUGGCCAAAAUCAAGGGUUCCACCUGUUCCUUCAUGGACCAAAUCUUGCACAUCCUCCGACAGGAGUGUGCUGAGUUCCAGUGGGGAGUUCACACCUUGCAGGCUUCUUCAUACUUGCUUGCCCAGCAGAGAACCAGGGUGUUCCUACGAGGUGUUCGGAAGAGUGACUUCCCGGAGUUCCUCAGCCCAGAUUUGCCCAACUGCAAGUUGGAGACAUUGACUGAGGUCAUGCGAAAAAACCUCAAAGAUGCACAGGCUCAUUUGAAGGCAAUGCUUCAAGAUGGCCACUUGGACGCAGCAGACCUGGUCGUCUUCCCUCUCGACCGCGCAGAUGGAAAGGCGUACAAGAGGAGCUACACCACCAAUUUGGUCCCUACUUUGACCACAAACAACACGUACUUGUUUGUGGUUUCGCUGGACUUCUCCCGUCCAAAUGGCCAACGGAAGUUCCUGAGGUUUCUGCACCCUUCGGAGAGGAUGGUUCUGCAAGGGUUUUCGCCCAGUGUUCUGGAAGGGUCCAGCGAUACCUUGAGGGUGAAGGCCAGCGGUAAUGCUUACCCUGUUCCGCUCAUGAUGGCAGUUCUGCAUGGCGUCCUUCACCAGUUGGCAGGGGGGAUCCCCCAGAAAACGAAGGUGGUGGGAUCCUUGCUGGACCAAGCAGUGGCUGACGCCUGCCACAACUUCGAGGUGUACAUGGACGAGCGCUCUCAAGGAUGUUCUGGAGGCUCGCCCCAGACAAAGGCCAUGAAACGACCAGCGGCCAAAGCCAAGGCCGCCAAGAAAGCGCCAAAGAAGAAACCAGCCAAAGGAAGCAGCAAAACGGUGAAGAAAGCGCCCAAGAAGAAAACACCGAUUCAGCGCCGCCAGUACUACAAGUACCGGUUUUUGUCAUCGUCUUCCUCGUGA